AUGGAAAUCCUUGUCUAUGAGAAUAAUCUUCAUAGUUUUGCAGAAAACAGUCCGCAAAUUUCUGCAGGCCAUGAUGAGUAUAGAGCUGAAAUCUUUGUCCUUGCUGCGUGGUGUGUUUGGAAUAGACGGAAUGCCUUGCACUUUAGUCGAACUGCCCAUCCUGUGGCGCGCAUUUGCAGCAUCGCCGGCAACAUACUACAGGAAUUUCUUGAAGCACAGGAGAUUGAGUCGGUUCCCCCUCGUCCUCUGGUUCUGCAAAAGUGGUGUCCUCCGGCACCUGACAUUUACAAGGUUAACUUUGACUUGGCAGUGUUUCGAUCAUCAAAUUUAGCAGGGCUUGGUGUGAUUGUUCGUGACAACUGUGGUGAGCCUAUUGGGGCGCUUUCCAUGCCUAUUAAUCUUGGGCAGUCCGUGGCAGAGAUGGAAGCCUUGGCUUGUCAGCGGGCAGUUCAGUUUGCGAUUGAGAUAGGUCUUACUCGGGUAAUAGUCGAAGGGGAUCCAGCCGUCGUUAUUGAGGCUCUUUUGCUUGGUUCGGGCCAGCUUGCUAGUUAUGGGAACAUCCUUGAUGAUAUUCGGGUUCAAGCAGCUGUUUUUCAGUUUGUUGAUUUUAGUCAUACUAGUCAUGUUUGUAAUUCUGUAGCUGAUGCGUUAGCAAAGAAAGCUAGUUCUGGUGUAGGGCUCCAAGUUUGGUUGGAAGACCUACCUGCUAACAUUGCCCCUUUUGUGUUGAGAGAUGUUCACUGA